AUGUCGACGGUGGAGACGUGGACGCGCGCGCGCGAGGUCGACGGCGACGCGCGCGCGCGCGGGUCCGCGGCGACGCCGUUGGAUCGAUACGUGCCGUCGCGGCGCGCGUCGGCGGGGUUCCGGGCGCGCGAAUGGGUCAUGCUCGACGCCGCGGCGACGAACGACGCCGUCGAUCGAGGGAGUAGGGAUGGGCGCAGGCGUGGACGAGGGGUGGGGGAGGAUGAGGACGCGCCGGUGGGGACGGAGGAGGGCGGGAGUGGGGGGCGGGGGGCGGGGGAGACGACGGGCGGACGUGGAUGCGAGCGCGAGGACACGAGCGCGGCGUACGGGGCGCUGUUGCGGAGCGAGUUGUUCGGUGACGUGUCUCCGCCGGAGGCGUACGGGGUGACGCCGCCGCCGACGCCGAGCUCGGCCAGGUUCAGACCGCGAACGCCGUCCUCGGCGAGGGGGAGCGAAGGGAGUUCGGGGUACUCGUACGGGAGUCCGGGGAGAAAUUUGUUCCGAUUUCGCGACGACGGUUCGUACGGAGUCGCGACCGAUCGCGGAGAGUCGCCGUACGCGCUCAGUCCGGUGGGACACGCGCCGCUCGGAAUGACGCUCGCGUCUCCGCGCCGGCGCGCGCCGAGAAAAAUCGCGAGAAGCCCAUUCAAGGUUCUCGACGCGCCCGCCUUGCAGGAUGACUUUUACCUCAAUUUGGUGGACUGGAGCUCCAGUAACGUCCUCGCCGUGGGUUUGGGAACGUGCGUGUACCUGUGGAGCGCGUGCACGAGCAAGGUGACCAAACUGUGCGAGCUCGCCCCGAACGACUCGGUGUGCUCGGUGGCGUGGACGCAACGCGGAACGUAUCUGGGCGUCGGCACGAACAGCGGAGAGGUGCAAAUAUGGGACGUCGCUAAGUGUAAGAAGACGCGCUCGAUGCUCGGGCACCGAUCGCGCGCGGGGACGUUGGCGUGGAACUCGCACACGCUCUCGAGCGGAAGUCGCGACCGAGCCAUCUUGAAUCGAGACAUUCGAUCGCCGAGUGAUUACUCAAACAAGCUACUCGGGCAUAAGAGCGAGGUGUGCGGCCUGAAAUGGUCGUACGAUGACCAACAGCUCGCGAGCGGUGGGAACGACAACCAACUCUUUGUGUGGAAUUCGCACUCGUCGUCGCCAACCUUGCGAUGCAGCGAGCACACCGCCGCGGUGAAGGCCAUCGCGUGGUCUCCGCACCAGCACGGACUCCUCGCGAGUGGAGGAGGGACCGCCGAUCGAUGCAUUCGUUUCUGGAACACGGUGACGAACACACCGCUGCAGUGCAUCGACACUGGCUCACAGGUGUGCAACUUGGUGUGGAGCAAAAAUGUCAACGAGAUCGUGAGCACGCACGGAUACAGCCAGAACCAGAUCGUCGUCUGGAGAUAUCCCAGCAUGUCCAAGCUCACGACGCUCACCGGUCACACCCUGCGCGUGCUCUUCCUCGCCAUCUCUCCGGACGGGCAGACCAUCGUCACCGGCGCCGGCGACGAGACGUUACGCUUCUGGAACGUCUUCCCGGGCGUCAAGUCCCAGGUCUCCGGCGCCGGUGAUAACACCGUCUGCGCGCUCGCUCGCACGAGCAUCCGAUGA